AUGCCGAGGACGCGUAAGAAAACAAAGAGAACCGGAGGGAGAGCUACUAAAGAAAACAAAAACAAAAAGAUUCAUACUCCUAGUACUGUUUCAUACUCUGCUAACGAAGAUAUAAUCCAGGAGAUAUUGAGCAAAGUUCCAACCAAAUCAAUAGUACGUUUCAAAGGCGUCUCUAAAGAAUGGCUCUCGAAGAUCGAAGAGAAAAAGUAUGUUUCUCUACAUGGCUCAAAUCCGUGCAUUUGUGUCACAGUUGAAGGUGCGAAUGAGGUAUGUUUACUCACAACAAAUUUAUCUAGUGAAACAGUCUCAUUUGUGCAAAAUCAAAGGUUCAAAAGAGACGCACCCCCUUUAGGUGAUUUCGAAGAUAUUCAGUUCAAUUUUAGCACUGUUAAUGGUUUAACAUGUUUGUAUGAUUAUGAUGGGAAAGUAUGUAUAUACAAUCCUACCACUGGACAGAUGACACCAUGGACUCUAACCCCAUUCAUGGAAUUUGAAUACUUUGAUGUAGUAGACCCAAGAAAUACCAUUAUUCAUCCAUUACCCCGUUAUAUGUAUAGGAGAGAUAUCUGA